AAUCACCAUGGCGUUGAAAGAGACUGUUGGGCUGUAUGAGACACUCAGAGCAGAGUGGAACAAGAAAAACCCAAACCUGAAUAAAUGUGGAGACCUUCUGACCAAACUUAAGAUUUCAUUACUGGAGCUGAACUUUUUACCUACCAGUGCGUCCGCUCUCACUAAGCAGCAGCUUAUUUUAGCUCGUGAUGUCCUUGAAAUUGGAGCCUUGUGGAGUAUCCUUAAGAAGGACAUCCCAUCCUUUGAGAGAUACAUGGCCCAGCUAAAAUGUUACUACUUUGAUUACAAGGAUGAACUGCCCGAAGCUGCCUACAUGCACCAGUUACUUGGACUAAACCUGCUCUUCCUGCUCUCACAGAACCGUGUGUCUGAGUUUCAUACAGAGCUUGAGAGACUGAGUGCACGAGAUAUUCAGACCAAUGUAUACAUCAGGCACCCAGUGUCACUAGAGCAGUACUUGAUGUUAAAUUGCAGUGAUGAGAUUGCAGGUUGCAUAGAGAAAGCAUAUGAACAGAUCCAGUUCAGUGAAGCCACCCGUGUGCUGUUCUUCAGUUCUCCAAAAAAGAUGACCGAGUAUGCCAAGAAGAGAGGAUGGAGUUUGAGCCCAGAUGGUUAUUACUCUUUCACCAGUCAGCAGCAGCGGACAGAGGAGGUGACCAUCCCUUCAACAGAGCUGGCACAACAGGUCAUCGAAUAUGCGCGACAGCUGGAAAUGAUUGUGUAAUCCGCCCCCAGGAACACACUCAACCAUGUACAAAGGCACUCAGACACACACGCAGCUGAUCCAAUAUACAUCCAGUCAGUACAAAUGCAGUUUCCGUGAGGAAUACGACUUCAUUUAUUGCCAGAGUGGUUGAUUUGUUGCCCAUACCUCAAAGAUCAAUCAGCAUCUAUUCUACCUGUAUUCUUACUUAUCUUCAGGUUUUUCUGUCUGGCAGUGUGCUGUCAUUUUUAAGGAUGGGGAACAAAACACACAACAGGUGACCAGUCUGUUCAGCAGCAGCAACUAUCUACCUUCAUUGAAGAAGUUCAAGAGGUUAAAUGUUACUUUUAAUUAUUUUAUCCAAGAUGCCAUCUGUCCAACAUUAAUGUUGAGCUUUUUAUUGGCCAUCCUCAACUGCUGACCAAAUACAAGAACUUCAGGUUCUAAUAUCCUUGGCCUGCAGCUCUUUUACAACUCCAAGAAAUUUCAUUACAUCACCCCCCUGUGACUUUGCCUUUCAGUGUCACACAAAACUAUGAACACAACAGAAAUUUUCCACAAAUCUGAGUAAACUCUUUUUGUAUACAAAGUUCAUUUUCUCCUUAGUCGAGCUCACAGAAAUGUAUUGCCCUUGCCUUGUAUCCUAGCAACUGACAGAAUUGCAAUUGAAGUUUGUGUUUUCUAGAUGGUAAUGCCUCUUCCUCCCUGUUUGGUUUGUAAUCCAGUUGAUCUUUCAGUGCAAAUCUUUGUCUAAAAUAAAUGAUUCAGAGACUAAA